GCCGGGUCUUGCCGCGGCCGCGCAGCGCGCACCCCCCUGGCGGGGCCCCGCCGGCCACCCCCCCCCCCGCCCCGCGCCCGCGCUGCGUGCGGGACACCUUGGCAUUGUGGCAGGAGGCGGGGAAGGGGCAGGAUGCAGGUGCCCUGCUAGGGCCGGCAGCAGCGCCCGGGCGGCGCCAGCGAUGAGCGCCGGGCGCCGGCGGCUCUGACCCGCUCUCCUUGGCCGCGGCGGAGCGGGGCUGCACAGCCUGGCAGCGGCGGGACCCGGCGGGGCAGGGCAGGGCAGGGGCAGCGGCGGCACCUCUCGGCGGGAGCAGCGCGAGGAGCCGGCGGGGACCCAGCCAUGCCGCGGGCGCGGGGUCGGCGCGGGGCGGCGGCUGAGCUGCUCCUCCUGGCGCUGCCGCUGCUGCUGCCGGACAACUUCGGGCUGUGCGAGGCAGGAAUUGAGUAUGGUGAUGUGCUUCCAGAUUCUUUCCCAUCAGCCCCUGCAGAGACCCUCCCCCAUUUCCUGCUGGAGCCACAGGAUGCAUACAUUGUCAAGAACAAGCCUGUGGAGCUUAUCUGUAGAGCCAACCCUGCCACCCAAAUCUAUUUCAAGUGCAAUGGCGAGUGGGUCAACCAGAACGACCAUAUCACAAAGGAGAGCCUGGAUGAGGUCACUGGGAUGCUCGUAAGGGAGGUCCAGAUCGAGGUCUCCCGACAGCAGGUGGAGGAGCUCUUUGGUUUAGAAGAUUACUGGUGCCAAUGCGUGGCGUGGAGUUCUGCUGGGACCACAAAAAGCCGAAGGGCCUACGUCCGUAUAGCAUACUUGAGGAAGAACUUUGACCAGGAGCCUUUAGGAAAAGAAGUCCCACUGGAACAUGAGGUGCUUCUGCAGUGCCGUCCUCCUGAGGGAGUACCACCGGCAGAGGUGGAGUGGCUGAGGAAUGAGGAUAUAAUUGACACCACUCAAGACACCAACUUCCUGAUAACAGUUGAUCAUCACCUCAUAAUCAAGCAGGCCAGGCUUUCAGACACUGCCAACUACACCUGCGUAGCCAAGAACAUUGUAGCCAAACGCCGAAGCACCACAGCCACAGUCAUUGUCUAUGUGAAUGGUGGCUGGUCCAUUUGGUCAGAAUGGUCAGCUUGCAACAACCGCUGUGGCCGUGGCUGGCAGAAACGUACCCGUACCUGCACCAACCCAGCUCCUCUCAAUGGUGGUUCCAUCUGUGAGGGACAAGCCUUUCAGAAAAUUGGCUGUACCACAAUGUGUCCAGUAGAUGGAGCCUGGACAGAGUGGAGCAAGUGGUCAGCCUGCAGUACAGAGUGCACCCACUGGAGGAGCAGGGAAUGCACUGCUCCGUCCCCAAGGAAUGGAGGCAAGGACUGCAGUGGGGUGUUGCUGGACUCCAAAAACUGCACUGAUGGACUGUGCAUGCAAAAUAAAAGAGUUCUAAGCGAACCCAAAAGUCACUUGUUGGAGGCCACAGGGGAUGUGGCCCUAUACGCUGGCCUAGUUGUGGCUGUCUUUGUUCUUAUCGUUAUCCUGAUGGCUGUUGGGGUGGUUGUAUAUCGACGGAAUUGCCGGGAUUUUGACACUGACAUCACAGACUCCUCAGCUGCCCUGACUGGGGGCUUUCACCCAGUCAACUUCAAGACUUCUCGUCAUGAUACACCUCAGCUGUUGCACCCUUCAAUGCAGCCUGACCUAACUGCCAGUGCUGGUAUAUACCGGGGCCCAAUGUAUGCUCUACAGGACUCAUCUGACAAGAUCCCAAUGACCAACUCCCCCCUCCUUGACCCACUCCCCAAUCUUAAGAUCAAAGUGUACAACUCCUCCACAGUGUCCUCCUCGCCUGGGCUGCAUGAAGGGGCAGACCUGCUUGGGGCAGUGCCUAUAGGCACCUACUCAGGGGAGACUGCCAGGGACAAUCACUUCAUGAACAUAAGGAACAAGACCAUGGGCUCUCAACAUCUCCUCACCCAGCUUCAUGAGCAUGGGAAUAGUGCUAGUGGAACAUUUGGUUACCUGGGAGGAAGGCUUACAAUCCCAGAUACAGGCGUGAGCCUGCUGGUGCCUCAUGGAGCGAUUCCUCAGGGGAAGUUCUACGAAAUGUACCUGAUAAUCAACAAGGCAGAAAACUCUCUUUUACCUUCUGAAGGCACACAGACAGUACUGAGUCCUAUGGUGACCUGUGGACCCACUGGAUUGCUCUUGUGCCGCCCAGUCAUUUUAACUAUCCCUCACUGCGUGGAUAUCAGCUCUUCAGACUGGAUUUUUCAACUGAAAACACAGUCCCAUCAAGGAAACUGGGAGGAAGUUGUGACACUAGAUGAAGAAACUCUGAACACUCCUUGUUACUGCCAGCUUGAAUCCAAGUCUUGCCAUAUCUUACUGGACCAGCUGGGCACCUACGUUUUUGUGGGAGAGUCAUACUCCAGAUCAGCCAUCAAGAGACUCCAACUAGCCAUCUUUGCACCUGCCAUCUGUACCUCACUAGAAUAUAGCAUCAAAGUCUACUGCUUGGAGGAUACCCCAGAUGCCCUGAAGGAAGUACUUGAACUGGAAAAGACACUGGGCGGUUAUCUGCUAGAGGAACCCAAGCCGCUGCUCUUUAAGGACAGUUAUCACAACCUCCGCCUCUCCAUCCACGAUAUCCCCCACUCACUGUGGAGGAGCAAGCUGCUAGCUAAAUACCAGGAGAUUCCUUUUUAUCACAUCUGGAGUGGCAGCCAAAGGGCCCUGCACUGUACCUUCACCCUAGAGAGGUACAGCCAGGCUUCAACAGAGCUCACCUGCAAGAUCUGUGUCCGGCAGGUGGAAGGUGAAGGGCAGAUAUUCCAGUUGCACAUCACGCUUGGAGAGAAUGUCAGUUCCUUUGAUGCCUUCCACUUGCAUCAUGGCAGUGCUGCGACAACUCAGCUGGGACCAUAUGCUUUCAAGAUCCCCCUGUCCAUCCGGCAGAAAAUCUGCAACAGCCUGGAUGCUCCAAAUUCCAGAGGAAAUGACUGGAGACUUCUUGCUCAGAAACUUUCCAUGGAUAGGUAUCUGAACUACUUUGCCACCAAAGCCAGCCCAACAGGAGUCAUCCUGGACUUAUGGGAAGCCCAGCACCAAGAUGACGGUGAUCUCAAUACCCUGGCUAGUGCCUUGGAAGAGAUGGGCAAGAGCGAGAUGCUGGUUGUCAUGGCAACAGAGGGGGACUGCUGAUGUUGUACUUAGAAAAGUACCUGGUAGUCUUUAGUCAAUGGACAAAGGAGGACAGAGAAGAGGGUGAGAUGAGGAGGAGGAAAAUAGGGAAUGUCCCUUCCUGAACUAGUGGGGUAGGAUUGGGCUCAUUUCUACUUUGCAUUUGGUGGGUUGCUGAGCUGUACUUAACCAUGAGGGGUAAGAGGAAGUUACUUCUCCUCCUCCCUAAAUUCCUAGCAAGCCUUAGAAGUUAACCCACACAGUUUACAAGCAAUUCAAGUGUUAAACAAGCUCCCUUCUCCUCCUUGCCAUCCUCUAGUGAGGUGCAAAAGUAACACAUUUUUGGUAACCAUGACAACAGCCAUUGGCAGAAGUGGGCAGCUGCUUCCCCUGUGGCGCUGGUCAGUUAGGGCUUCUCAAGUUGGGGUUGGGUUUUACUUUGUUUAAUUUGUUUGGAUUCUCCCUCUCUUCCAUCUCCUUUUUCUUUAAUAGCUUUUAUGCUUUGAAGAGUCGAGUACAAUCUAGACAAAUCGCUUACUUCUGUCAAGAGCUUCAGAUGGCUUAUUAAGGCAAAAAGAAAGAAAGAAAAAAAGAAAAGAAAAAAACCCCACAGUUUCUUAGGAAACGCAAAUAAUUUAUUAUCCAGAUCUUUGGAUGAGUCCUUUUUAAAAAAACAAAACAAAACAAAAAAAAUCUUUUGUGUGUGAGCAAGAGCAUUAAGAUGCUCGGAGUGUGUGUGUAUGUGAGAAAGAGAAGAGAGAGAGAGAGAGCAAACUUCACAUUACAUUUGUAGUGAAAAUAAUUUUUUAAAAAGGCAAGAGAAACUCAUUUAUUUGCUCCUAGCCCCUUGGUGAUGUCCAACUGGGUAAGUGCCUAGAGACCCACGUGGCUUAGAAAGGGCAAAUUGAAUCUCCUUCUGUGACAUCUUUGUAAAUUCUCCUUUAUGUCUUGCACUGAGGGCCACUUAAGCACCCAGCUAACAGAAGACUAAAUCCACUCCUGGAAACAAGGUUAAAGGGAGAUACAUUGUCAGACUUCCAGUGCUUUUCUUCAAAUCACAAUGAUACUCCUCAGCACUGUUUCCAGCCCCAUUAUAGAAACUUGAACCUCACGUAGGCAUCUCAAUCCAUUUUUUUCACAUACAGUUUUUCCUCUUCUGGCCCUGUAUCUGUUUGAAACAGACCAAAGCAUGGCUUCAUAUGAUCAUCUUUGUUGUCUACUGCAGCACCAUUGUUUCAGGAAUGAAACUGAACAAAGCAAACCUUAGCUUCAGUAUCAGGGGAGAAUGUGUUCCCAGUGUCACUAUGUGAAAGAGCCUCUCAGAGAAAUAGUAGACACCUCAGAUAUGAGGUGUUUCAAUGUGAGGGAAUAAUCCUGGACUAGCAGGAAAUUGGACAAGAUUAGAGCAGUGAGUAAGAGGUCCAUUUCCUUCACUAGCCCUGAAAUCAGUACAGAUCUCAGAGUUUGCUUUGUUAGAAAACUGAUGAUGAAGCCAUCAGAGGGGUCAAGCCAACCUAUGGUUCACAAAAGAGGUUGGGGUGAGACGUUUUAAUUCUUUUAUAAAAAGACAAAUUAAGUAAAAGAUAUAUAUAGAGCACUAUCUACCUGCUUAUUAAAGUUCCGGGCUGUGUCAAAUGAUUAGAACCCAAAGUAUAUACAGAUCCAUAUUUUCAAAUGAUUUUCUUUUAGGACGUGAGCAAAAGCAAAACUUUUCAAGAUAAGUACACCUGGAUGCAAACAAUUUCUAUUCACACAAGUAGAAACCACAACUUUUGGGUACCCAGUGACUUUUCUGAGCAAAAUGGGCUACUUUUACGAAGUGUGUUCCAGAGACCUAUAGAUUUUUAUUGGAAGACCACAUUCCUUCUUGAGUCCUCUGAAUCCUAUCAAAUUUUUUAUUCGGUGUUUUAAUGAAAAUAGAGAUAAAACAUUCUAACAGCAAGAUGGUUGUGAAUAUUGUGGAAUAUUUAAAAUGGGAUUGGACCACAUGCUAGAAUAGAUAUUGUAGGAUUGCCUUGCACUGGCAGGUGACUUCUCUGGGUAAUCGGAGAGGUGUUGUCUAUCACUAAUUUCCAUGGUUAGGUUCCAAGUCUGUAGAAAUGCACUAGGUAAACUUCCAGUAAGUUUAUGUAAUCAGUAAAGAUUAUGGGCAUGGACAAAUGACACAUUUACACUGAUGUAGCCUGCCAUUAUUCUUGAGGAUACAGUGGCAACUUCAUCUGUCAUCCAGUGCUGUUGUAUACCAAUUUAUGUUACAAUGUUAAGUUAAACUACAAAUAAUGUGUCUGUAUUCGAGGCCUGCGUAUUUGUAGGAGGCUAGCAACGUUGUUUUACAUCAUCCAUUGGAAUGAUUGAUUUGUCCAGUACAAUCCUACAUGACAAUGUUAAACAGAUUACUUCUUGGCAGGGUUGCUGGAAAUGUCUACAAUCUUUUUCUGCCUGUCUUACCCUCUCCUUCCUCUCUCCCUUACAACUAUCUUACUUCUACCUCUGAUAGCUCAAAAAAGUGGUAUUUUACGCAGGGAAAUAUUCAGAAGAGGACUUUGGUUAGCUACAGGCAGAACUAAUAUUUAUGGUUGCUACCUCUGAAAAGUUUGUCCUUCUGGAUAAGCUUGUCAUGAUGCAAGCAGGAACACAGCAUCAUACCAGGAUGGCAUUGCACCAGCUCUUAGACUUCCAUUGUACUUUAUCCCAAGAUGUUUGUUUGUGACCAAAAAUUUAAAGCUUUAAUACAGUGAUGUCUCCAACAGAAGGAUACCACACCUCAUCCUACUCCUUUCCCUACAGUCUGCUGCCUGUGAUGCACUUAUGUGACUAAGAGAAAGUGCACACACACUCAGGGAGCCAGCAUGUGACAUAAUAGGAUGUUGUCUUUGCUGGAUAGUUCAGUAGCCAGUAUUUAUUCAGGAUUUAAACCUCUAGUUGCUUAACUCUCUGGCACAUGAGUGCUUAGCCAGUCUGUUUCCAUCUCUACUAUUCCUAAAUUGAUGGCAGACAGUUGGAAAAGGGACCCACAGGGAAGAAUAUUUAUACAGGCAAUCUUUAUUCACCUACAUAAAUAACUUUGCUGGGAAUGUGCAAAUUAAUUCUAUAGAGAUUCCAUACAGUGGCAAAACAAAUCAGCACCAAACAAGAAACCUUAAUGCAAAAGGACAUUCUCAGAGCUUGGAGCUACGUCCUCAUGUAGGAAGAGGUUGUACCUUCCUACGUGAACAGCCAGAUAGAAGCAAUUCUUCUUUUUAAAAUAUAUCAAAUAUUGGACUCAGGGCCUAUAAGAUGGAGGCAGGGAAUUAAGGUAUGGGUGUACUGGGCCUCCAAAAUUGUGUGCACCCCCAGGUCAGACCACUAUUUACUUCUUAAAAAAUGGAAGGUAAGGAAACCCUCCAACCAACAGGCUCCCACCAUUCUCUCACAGGCCCUGGGGACUUUUUGGCAUUGAAAACCCAUCUGUUUUGUUCAGAAUCCAUUUUCAUUGUAUAAGGAAUUACUUUGCCAAUUUUGUAGCCAUUUUCUUGCUGUGAAAUUGUCUUAUUGAAUAUCAGUGUCAUUAGUGUAGUUCACAGCUAUAGAAAGUCCCACCUUCUGUUUAAUGCCUAAAUUGUACAUUUCUUCAAAUUCUUUAAUUAUAUGGAAACAUCAGGCAGGUUCAAGUCCAAUGUUUUGUCCAGAGUCCAGAGUAGAAGAAAAUUACCAUUUUGGAGCUGGUAAAAGGGUAUGAGUCAGUAUUUGUGGAUGUCACUUUCUUGCCAGUCUUUCUUGGUCAGUCGUGAUGUGUUUGAAACUGAAUGUGGUAAAGGGAUGGGAUCAGAUUAGAAGAGUGUGCACAUACAAUUUUAAUAUACACAGUCAUCCAUACGUAAUGUACAGAUUUGAAUGAGUGUGUAAACUUUUGGAUGUACAACUCAAUCACAUUUUUAAACCAUUUGAGAGUCCAAACUGACUAUUGGACAGAUCAAGUACUUGAACAUAGCUGAAAAUAUUUCUGUGUGGUUGAAAAGAAAUAAAGACCCUCUUAAAGCAAACAGUUGACCACAAGGUAUUCAGCAGUUUGGCAGGUAUGACCUUUCUCCAUCACAGUACUGUUUUACAGCACUCAGGAAAUAUCUAGAAGAGCCCUAGCUUCUCCAACAUUUCACUUCAAUGAAAACCUGGCUUGUGUAAUAAGACCUUGCUUGGUUAUUGAGACAGGAAAACUAAGAGCAUGAUCCAGCUUCCAUAGAAGUCUGUAGGGAAGACCUCCAUUGCCUUUUGUGGGAGCUGAAUAUGGCUGUAAUGUAGGGACAGUUUUACCCAUCUCUGUGACUAUAUUUGAGAAACUAAUUUGUGAAGUCAGUGGUAUCCAAAAAACUUAAAUACUCUUCUCCUAGAUCACAUGUAUAGAUUAUAUGUGCAUUUACUCUUCCUCUCUCUCUCUCUCUCUCUCUCUCUCUCCUAUGCUUUCAGUAUGUCUGGGUAAAGGAUUGGGGUGUGUGUGUGUGUGUGUGUGUGUCUCACUUUCAAACCACUAUGUAUGGGUGUUUGCCAGAUUUGCAUGUGUGUUUGUAUCCCCAUGUCUUUCAGAGAACAGAACCAGAAUAACAGUGUAUGUGCCUCUCCAAUUGGUAUGGCAUGAGUGUAUGCACACAUGCGCAGGUAUUUCAUAGUGUCUUUCAGAUCAGGGAAAUUGUGUCGGGGCAGAGAGGGAGAGAAGGCAUUAGCUUGUCUCUCUGAUCAAAGUGUAUGCAUUUCUCUGUCUCCCUUGGAUCAUGGGAUUACAGUGUAUAUAGCUCUCACAUCACAGGAUCAGAGUGUCCAAGUACUACUGCCUCUCUCUGACCGAGGUCAUGUGUGUGCAUUUCUCUGUCUCUUGAAGAUAUACCACACUCUGAUGUCAUAAAGCAGAGUAGUGGCUCUGUGAUACAGGGCAGGCAUUUCAUAGAGUCAUUGAAAUAAAAAUCAGCUGUUUUUCUCCUGUUGAGAGCAACCAUGUUCUUGUUCCACAUUGUUUCCAUAUUUAUAUGUCCAGAGGAUGAGUCUGGUGGAAUCCUCUAAACAUGCAGCUGUUUAUUCUGUAAACUAAGAACUGUAAAUAAAGUUUAGCAUUCCUAUUGUAACAAAUUAAUUUUUAUGCAAUAAAUUAUAUUUCCUAGUCUAAUAAAAAAGAAAAUUAAACAAAA